CUGUCCGUCUCCCAAACAACAACCAUCGCAACUUAUUCACCACCACCUCCUCCUCCACCACCUGCAUUCACUCCCAUCCCUGUGACCAAAACCACACUCGAAGCCAUCACCUGACCACCCCUCCACACCCCACUCUGUCACAAUGACAGAAUCACCGGGCUCCCCCCUCUCCUCCAUCGCCUCCGACGAGGACAUGUCGGACCGCGACGACCUCAAGCAGCCCUUCUCCCCGUCCGGUUCCGUCACCAACUCCAACAUGCCUCCCUCGAAACGCCGUCGCACGGGCGGCGUCACCUCCUGGGACCGCGCGACCCCGGUCUCGACCACCUUCCCGGACGACCUCCCGCCGCCCUCGCCCUCGACCUCCAUCUCCUCCGACACCUCCGGCGAGAUCCCCAACUCGCCCGGCACGUACGCGCUGAUCGGCGGCAGCAUCGACGACGACUACAGCGGCCAGGCCAACGACCAGGUAACCGUGUGUCGCUGGGACGGCUGCGACGCCGGCGACCUGGGCAAUAUGGACGGGCUGGUCAAGCACAUCCACGACGAGCACGUCGGCAGCCGCCAGAAGAAGUACUCGUGCGAGUGGGCCGACUGCAGUCGGAAGGGCCAGACGCACGCCAGCGGCUAUGCGUUGCGCGCCCACAUGCGGAGCCACACCCGCGAGAAGCCGUUCUACUGCGCCCUGCCUGAAUGUGACCGCAGCUUCACCCGCUCUGACGCCCUAGCCAAGCACAUGCGCACCGUCCACGAGACCGAGGCCCUCCGCCCGUCGGACCCCGUCCCCAAACACCACACCACGCUCGCCGCGGCGGCCGCGGUCGCCGCCGCCGCCUCCUCCUCGGCCGCGCCCACCCCGACGGGCACGCCGGCGGGCAAGGUGCAGCGCAUCAAGCUGAAGCUCUCGCAGCCCAAGGCCGAGGACCCGUUCGGCGACUACGGCGAGAGCGCGACCGAGGAGACGGAGGAGGAUCUGUCCGUGCCGCCCGUGGGCUCGGAGAAGGGGUUCGACGUGCACGAGCUGCUGCUCGAGGGGCCCCAGUUGUACCGGCUGCUGCUGCGGCAGAUCCACUGGGCGCGCAAGGAAGGCGAGCAGCUGCGGGCGGCCGGCGAGAAGAUCCUGGGCAAGCGCAAGGAGGCCUGGCUAGAGAAGGAGGCGGUCUUUGAUGAUCUGGUCGAGGCCGAGCUGGGGCUGUUCCGCACGAUCGCCGGCCAGGAGGGCGCGUUGCUGGCCGGGAUGGAGCUGGAUCCGCCCGCGGCCGAGGGGGAGCUGGAGCCGGAGCCGGAGCCGGAGCCGCUGAAGUCGACGGAGUUGGAGGUCAAGGAUGAUUCGGAGGCUGUUCCGUCAUGACGUGCAUUCCCCAGACAAUAAGUUCUCGCCUUGUUUUUGGGGUAGGUGUUGUUGUGAACUGACGUAUCGGGCGGACCCAGAGUCGCGGGUUUCUGGUUUUCUUUCUGUCUCUCAAUGUUUGCGGGCUUGUCAAAAAUAUCCCUGGGUUCUCUUUCUUGGGUUCGACAUUUUAUUCCUUGUGUACUGUAUGGUAUGGUAUGGGAUAGGGGGAGUUCUGGGCGCUAUAAUUUGAUCAUCACGGCCAGUUGGCCAUGGCAACCUACAAUCAC